AUGUCCAGAAAAUUAUACACCACAGAAGAGGCAUUCAAAAUUAUAACCCAGAGCGAUGAGAGCAGUGGGGAGCUCUCACCGCCCCAUAACAGUGCCGAGUCCACUUUCAAUUCAGGUUCGGAAUACGAGCCUCCUGAAAGCAGUACAUCCGAAUCGGAGGAGGAAGUAGUCCGUCCAAAAAGACCACGGUCUGAACCCCAGGCAGCUACCAGCAGCGCCGGACAUCCCAGUGGCCAAGCAGCAAAUGCUAACGGCGCUAGACCCCAGGAGGAAAGGCCCAGUACAAGCUCUGGAAUUCCACACCGAGGAAGAAGGGCCCAAACCCAUCUACCGGAUGGCUUGGCCAACCCGUUGUGGCUGCCUUCUAGUACAGGGUCAGCCACAAUCCCCCCUUUCACAGCACAGCCAGGUGUGCAGGCCAACACCGAAGGUUUCUCUGAAAUCGAUUUUUUUAAUUUAUUUUUCCCUAAUGAGUUCCUUCAAACCAUCAUAGACCAAACAAAUCUUUUUGCCAGUCAGUACAUACAAAACAACCCCAACUCAUACUAUGCCCGCCCGUUUGAAUGGAGACCCCUAACAAUGGAGGAAAUGAGAUUGUUUUUAGGCCUUACGCUGAAUAUGGGGCUUUCAAAAAAAAAUGAACUUCAUUCGUAUUGGUCUAAAAAGCCCAUCCUCCAUAUGCCAAUUUUUUCAGCUACGAUGUCCAGGUCCCGCUAUGACAAGAUCAUACGGUUCCUGCAUUUCUGCGACAACUCGCAGUGCCCCCCCCGAAAUCAUACAGACUUUGAUAGAUUAUAUAAAAUUCGCCCCCUAAUAGAUUUUUUCAAUGAGAAGUUUGCUGAACUUUACAUCCCGGAACAGAACAUCUCUGUGGAUGAAUCCCUGGUCCAUUUCACUGGCCGGCUGGGAAUAAAACAGUAUAUUCCCAGUAAGAGAGCGAGGUACGGCUUGAAGCUAAACAAGCUCUGCGAAAGCUCCUCCGGCUAUGUGAAUGCCUUUCGUGUGUACGAAGGCAAAGACUCCCAAAUCCAGCCCCCUGAGUGUCCAUCGUAUAUGGGAAUAAGCGGGAAAAUUGUAUGGGAGUUGGCAUUCCCACUCUUCCAAAAGGGGUAUCACAUAUACGUGGACAAUUACUACACUAGCCUGCCCCUUUUUCGCCACCUAUUCCUGAAUAAAACUUUGGCCUGUGGUACUUCACGUAAAAACAGGAAAGGCUUCCCACAGAGUUUAGUCACCACAUGCCUACAAAAAGGGGAAUCGGUAAGCCUGAGGAACGAAGAAGUUUUGGCCUUGAAGUGGAGGGAUAAGAAAGACGUUUACAUGAUGUCGACUAUCCACAAUGACACCUCAGUGGAAAUUCACAGGAGACGCCGUACCAUUCGAAAGCCUUGCUGUAUCAAUGAAUAUAAUAAGUUCAUGGGGGGGGUGGAUCUAAACGAUCAAAUGCUGCAGCCCUAUCUCUCAAUGCGAAAGUCAAUUUUCUGGUAUAAAAAAGUUGCAAUAUACUUCUUCCAUAUGGCCCUUUAUAAUUCAUUUGUCACUUAUCACAAAUCAACAAAAAGACCCAUCCCCUUUAUCAGAUUUAUCGAAAAUGUUGUCACUGCCCUGAUCUAUCAGCAAGGCUCUGCCCCACAAAGAAUUCGCUCCGAUUCUGUCAGCAGACUGCACGAGCGCCAUUAUCCUGACCAUAUUCCACCAUCAGCAACCGGAAGAAGACGCCAAAAAAGAUGUCGGGUGUGCAGCAAACGUGGAAUUAGAAAAGACACCAGUUGCUAUUGCCCCGACUGUCCCUCCCAACCUGGCCUAUGUAUGGCACCAUGCUUCAAGCAAUAUCACUCUUUCGAAAAUUAUUAA